GGAGGGGACUGGAGGAACUAGGGGCCUAGAGGGCUCCGCGAAAACUGCGAGGCUGGCGGCUGGCGUGCACUGGCCCGAGAGGAGCUCGGUUCGCGGAGCAGUCGGAGGAGGCAGCUUAGGGGGCAGACAGACGGACGGCAGGGAGGGCCAGCAUGCCCCCACUGCUGCACCCCGCCCUGCCGCUGCUCCUGGGCGCCACGCUGACCUUCCGGGCCCUCCGGCGCGCGCUCAGCCGCCUGCCCCUGCCGGAGCACGUGCGCGCCGACCCCCUGCGCACCUGGCGCUGGCACAACCUGCUGGUCUCCUUCGCCCACUCCAUUGUGUCCGGGGUCUGGGCAGUGCUGUGUCUAUGGCAGACCCCCGAGAUGCUGGUGGAGAUUGAGACGGCAUGGUCGCUUUCUGGCUAUCUGCUCGCUUGCUUCUCUGCAGGGUAUUUCAUCCACGACACGGUGGACAUCGUGAUUAGUCGUCAGACACGGGCUUCUUGGGAAUACCUCGUUCAUCACGUCAUGGCCCUGGGUGCCUUCUUUGCAGGCAUCUUCUGGAACAGUUUUGUUGGUGGGGGAGUCCUAACAUUGCUGGUGGAGGUCAGCAACAUAUUCCUCACCAUCCGCAUGAUGAUGAAGAUCAACAAUGCCCAGCACCUCCUCCUGUACCGGGUCAACAAGUAUGUCAACUUGGUCAUGUACUUUCUCUUCCGCCUGGCCCCUCAGGCCUACCUCACCCACUUCUUCCUGCGUUAUUUGGGUCAGAGGACCCUGGGCACCUUUCUGCUGGGUAACCUGCUCAUGCUGGAUAUCAUGAUCCUCAUCUACUUUUCCCGCCUCCUCCGCUCAGACUUCUGCCCUGGACUUGUCCCCAGCCAACACAAAGACAAGUUUUUGACAGAGUGAGAGGCCUGCAACUUGUGGCAAGAAGAGCAAACACAGCCAAGAACAGCCUCACCAUAUAAGAGAAUUAGCCCCAAGUCUGGGGCAUCCUCUGAGCACAGGCUCUGCACCUACUAUUGAAAAUGCUAAUGAAAGCA